AUGGGUGUUCUCUGGUUUGACCACCUCUGACCACCUCUCAUUCUGCCGCCGCACGAUCUAUUCUAGGCCCUAGCUGCUCGAGCUGCAGCAGCUUCCGUCGUGUUCCGGCCAUUCUGCGCUGGGCACCUCUGGACCAUUUCGUGCAGCUGUACCUUUGUUUCCAGUCGUACGUUAUCCUACAUUGGUUUUGCUAGUCUGAAAGAUGGCCAUGGAAGUGGACGACGAUUUGGACGUGGACCAGUCUGAACAGCCAAGUUCCACUAGCUCUGCUAGGGGAGACAAAAAACGCUUUGAAGUCAAGAAAUGGAACGCAGUUGCGCUAUGGGCCUGGGACAUCGUCGUGGACAACUGCGCAAUCUGCAGGAACCACAUCAUGGAUCUGUGUAUCGAAUGCCAGGCUAAUCAGGCUUCAGCAACCAGCGAGGAAUGCACCGUAGCCUGGGGUGUAUGCAAUCACGCUUUCCACUUCCACUGCAUCUCCCGGUGGCUGAAGACGCGCCAAGUUUGUCCGCUUGACAACAGGGAAUGGGAAUUCCAGAAGUAUGGGCACUGAAUGACCGGGCUUCAAGACUUCAAAAUUCAAGCAGUGUAUGUUUUGCUGAACUUCAAUAAAACAUUCUCAUUCUUUUU